GAGGUGUCUUUGUAAAAAUGCUUUUCAGAAAGCGGGAGAGAGAGAGAGAGAGAGAGAGAGAGAGAAAAGAAAGGUGCUCAAAAACAAUGUUUGUGAAUCAAAUGUAGCAAUGAUCAUAACAAUGUCUCUCCUUCCAAGCCACUACCUCCUCCUCUUCUCCCUUCCAUUUUUCUUCACUCUUUCUGUCUCUUUUGAGCCCAGCAAUCCAGAAGUUGAAGCUCUGACUGCUGUGAGAGAAGGCCUCUCUGAUCCUCAUGGAGCUCUCAGCAAUUGGGAUGAGAACUCUGUGGACCCUUGUAGCUGGUCUAUGAUUACUUGCAAUUCUAAUGAUCUUGUUACUGCCUUUGGAGCUCCAAGUCAGGGCUUAUCAGGGUCAUUGUCUUGGAUGAUUGCCAACCUUACAAAUCUCAAGCAAAUAAUGUUGCAGAACAACAAUAUUUCUGGCCAUAUUCCAAAGGAAAUAGGCUAUCUCCCAAAUCUUCAGGCACUGGAUCUCUCAAACAACAAUUUACAUGGUCAUAUCCCUGAGUCUUUAGGCCUCUUGAACCACCUACAGUACAUAAGGUUGAACAACAAUAGCUUGAGUGGGCCUGUUCCUCUGCCUUUGGCCAAUCUCCCUCGCCUUACUUUCUUGGAUUUGUCCUUCAAUAAUCUCAGUGGACCUAUUCCUACUUUUCCAACCAAAACAUUUAAUAUUCUUGGAAAUCCUCUGAUUUGUGGAAGCCACUCUAGUGAAAAAUGCUCUGAAUCCCUCCUGGCUAGCCCUCUUUCAUUUGCCAUCAACCCCUCUUCUGGAAAGUCCAAGACCAAGAAAAUAGCAAUUGCACUUGGAGUGAGCAUUAUAUUUGUCUCCAUUUUAGUCUUAGUAUUAGGCUUUCUACUCCACAAACGAACCGAGAAGAGGAAGCGGUCUGUUCUAAACAUUACAGAUGUUCAAGAAGAGGACCUUAUAAGACUAGGGAACCUCAAGAGCUUCUCCAUCACAGAGAUACGACGUGCCACAAAUAACUUCAGCUCCAAAAACAUACUUGGUGCUGGGGGAUUUGGCAAUGUUUACCGCGGGAAAUUGGAAGAUGGAACGCUGGUUGCAGUGAAGCGACUAAAGGAUCUGACAGGAACUACCGGGAUAUCACAGUUUAGAACGGAGCUUGAGAUGAUCAGCCUGGCGGUUCACAGGAACUUGCUUCGUAUAUUUGGAUACUGUGCCACCCAAAAUGAGAGGCUUCUUGUGUACCCUUACAUGUCUAAUGGCAGCGUCGCGUCAAGGCUUAGAGGGAAACUGGGGCUUGACUGGAACACGAGGAAGAGGAUUGCAAUCGGGGCUUCAAGGGGUUUACUGUACCUGCACGAGCAAUGUGAUCCAAAGAUAAUCCACCGAGAUGUCAAGGCUGCCAAUAUCUUGCUGGACGACUACUGUGAGGCGGUUGUGGGAGACUUUGGGCUUGCAAAGCUGCUCGAUCACGGUGAAUCUCAUGUUACCACAGCUGUCCGUGGCACUGUAGGCCACAUCGCGCCAGAGUACCUCUCCACCGGCCAGUCAUCAGACAAGACCGAUGUGUUUGGAUUCGGGAUCCUCCUGCUGGAGCUGAUUACAGGAAUGCGAGCUCUCGAGUUUGGGAAAACCGUGAGCCAGAAAGGAGCCAUGCUAGAAUGGGUAAAGAAGGUUCAGCAAGAGAAGAAAAUUGAGUUAUUGGUGGACAAAGAGCUUGGGAUGAAGUAUGACAGGAUUGAGGUGGGGGAGAUGCUGCAAGUGGCUCUGCUUUGCACUCAGUACCUACCGGCCCACCGGCCUAAAAUGGCCGACGUUGUGAGGAUGCUCGAAGGCGACGGCCUUGCUGAAAAAUGGGCAGCAUCGCAUAGCUACAUUGACAGCAGCACCACUUCAAAGAGCAAGCUGCAUGAUUGUAAUGAGUUAAGCAUAUUUGGGAUGGAGAAGAGCAUAGAUGAUGAUUGUGAUGCCAACUGCAUUGAACUUUCUGGUCCAAGGUAAUUAGAAAAAAAAGAGAAAAUAAAUCGAGCUUUGGAUUGGGGGAGAGAGUUUUAGUAGGCCAUGCCACACCACUUCAUUUGUACUUCUAUUCUUGUGAUGUACAUAUCUAAAAAUCCUGUCUUUUUAUUUAGGAUUGUGAUUUUUUUGGUCCUUGUAA